AUGGAGAGCAAUAUUGCCCUUAGGAGCGGCGGCAGCCACAGAGGAGUAGGAGGAGGAGGAGGAGGAGCUGGUGGUGGUGGAGGAGAAAGGUCUGUGGCAGUAGCAGUAGACAAGGAAAAAUCCAGUCAGUAUGCUCUUAAAUGGGCAAUUGAUCAUAUUAUAACAAAAGAUGAAACAGUGAAACUUAUCCAUGUUAAAGAAAGGCCACAAUUCCCUCAAAUUCCUACAUCAGGGAGAAAAGAUGACUCAUGCUCACUGGAACCCCAAACUGAUAGUAAUAUUUCAGAAUUAUUACUUCCUUUUAGAUGUUAUUGUCGCCGUAGACAAGUACAAUGUGAGACUGUUGUGCUUGAGGAUCUAGAUGUUGCAAAAUCCCUGAUUGAAUAUGUUUGCCAAAAUGGAAUUGAAACAUUAUUGCUUGGCACUGCAUCCAGGAAUGGCCUUUCUAGACUCUUCAAGACAACAGAUAUUCCAGGCAAUGUAUUAAAAUGGGCUCCAGAUUUCUGCACAGUUUAUGUAAUCUCGAAAGGAAAGAUCAAUACCGUCCGGAAUGCAACUCGUCCAGUCCCAACCCUGUCGGCCGGCAGAGCUCCAUCGCUUGCUCCCCGUAAUAUGCAUGUGGAGCCUGCAACUCAUGACAACUCGUAACCACUUCCUAUCAAUUUCUAAUUUUUAAAAAAUUUAUAUAUUCACAGUAAAACAAGUGUAACUUAGAUGUGUCAGUUAAAACUGAUUAUAAUUCAAUUAAUUAUAUAUGAUUGAUUUUGAUUUUUAUAGAGGAAGCCAAAGAUGGUAUGAUGAGAUGUCUACAGCUGAGAUGGAACACUCAAUUGCAUACUCUGGAAGACCAAGCACAGACAGCAAUUUCUUUUACUUUUAUGAAAAUCUUACCAGAGAUGCUUCUCCAAGGCAUUCAGAUGUGUACGAGCCAUAUUCAUCAGGUUUUACACCAAACCAAACAGACAAUAAUGGCUUGGAUAAUGGAAGAGCAUCUUGGUCUUCAUCAGUAAAUAAUAUGGUAUGAAAAUUCACU